UAGUAUAUAAACACAUUCAAGGAGUAAGAAGAUGCAAAAGAAAGGUUGAACCAACCAAGUCAACUUGGGUUCCAAAUCUUAGAAUAUAUAUAGAUCCAUCCACAUACCUUAAAAAAAGGAUCAAGAAAAAGAAGAAGAAGAAGAAGAAGAAGAAGAAGAUGCCUUGCAUUUACAUCUCCACUAAUCUUAACUUAGAUGGAGUUGACACUGAUCCAAUCUUUUCUGAAGUCACCACUGCUAUCUCCACAAUCAUUGGAAAACCAGAAAAGUUUGUGAUGGUCCUAUUGAAAUCAUCUGUGCCAAUAUCAUUUGAAGGUAACAAAGAACCAGCUGCUUAUGCUGAAAUAAUAUCAAUGGGUGGUAUAAACAAAGAAGUGAAGAAGAAUCUUAUUGCUACCAUUGGUACUAUAUUGCAGUCCAAGCUUUCUAUCCCAAGAACACGUUUUUUCCUUAAAGUCUUUGAUACCACUGCAUUUCCUACUAGAUCCAAACUUUAAUGCUUUAAUUACAUAAUAGCACCAAGAUUGUGCUCUAAUCAUCACAAUUUGUUUAUGAAGUGUGUAAUGUAAUAAAUAUUCAGAAUUAAUAUUAUGAUAUGUUCUCUUUCUA